AUGCGGAGUGACAUGCGCACCGCAAAAGACACGGCGAUCGGUCUCAAACGCGUUGCUCACGACAUCAAGAAAAGUCUACAACCGACUGAGUUGAAGAUCAAAGCAGCACGCAACACUAUGAGUGCAACGGCUAGAGCUAUGGAUACUUUGCAGACGACUGCGCGCAAAUUUGAUCAGAGAAAAAGUCAAUCUACGAGCGUCACGGGUGCUGUCGACAAUUUUUUCGUUCAUGACGACAAGGAGAAGCACGAGAUAGAAGAAAGUCGUUUUUGCAAUAGUGACGGAAAGGAUUACAAAGAAUUUAAGCUUGGCAAACUCAAAUUCUUUCAAAUUGACAAGAGCAAACUUGCCGGUCUCGUUGGCAAAAGUAGCAAGGAAAAGAUUGAUAGACACGAUGAUUUUGUGUCUGGAGGCACGACGAAAUACUAUCAUCGCAAUUCUCGUGAUAGCUAUGACGUGUUGACACUCGCGUUAAAACGACUUUACGCGAGCAGUUUAAUCUGA